AUUUUGUAUUCACAAAUCGCAGUAGAUCUGACUUUUUAGUUGAUUCCCCUAUCUGUCUCUCGCUCCUUCGCUGCUUCCCGUGAAACAGAAAACGCACAAAAAUUAACUAAAAAAUGGGUAAGACAGAAAACAUUAAUGGUACUGAGGAGGGAACACUGGAGAUUGGCAUGGAAUAUAGAACAGUUUCUGGAGUUGCUGGGCCUUUAGUAAUUCUUGAUAAAGUGAAGGGACCCAAAUUUCAAGAAAUUGUUAAUAUUCGUUUAGGGGAUGGAACAACCAGGCGUGGUCAAGUCCUUGAAGUUGAUGGAGAAAAGGCUGUUGUUCAGGUUUUUGAAGGAACAUCUGGAAUUGACAACAAAUAUACAACUGUGCAAUUUACAGGAGAGGUGUUGAAAACUCCUGUCUCUUCAGAUAUGCUUGGGCGCAUUUUCAAUGGCUCUGGCAAGCCAAUAGAUAAUGGUCCACCUAUCUUGCCUGAGGCAUAUUUGGAUAUCUCUGGGAGUUCCAUUAAUCCUAGCGAGAGAACCUAUCCUGAAGAGAUGAUACAGACUGGAAUUUCAACAAUUGAUGUCAUGAAUUCAAUUGCUAGAGGGCAAAAAAUCCCUCUCUUCUCAGCUGCUGGUCUUCCUCAUAAUGAAAUUGCUGCUCAGAUUUGUCGUCAGGCUGGUUUGGUGAAACGUUUGGAGAAGUCAGGAGAUCUUCUUGAGGAUGGUGAAGAAGAUAAUUUUGCAAUUGUGUUCGCGGCUAUGGGUGUAAACAUGGAGACUGCACAGUUCUUCAAACGUGACUUUGAGGAAAAUGGCUCAAUGGAGAGAGUGACCCUUUUCCUAAACCUGGCUAAUGAUCCCACAAUUGAGCGUAUUAUUACACCUCGUAUUGCUCUCACUACUGCAGAAUACUUGGCAUAUGAAUGUGGGAAGCAUGUUCUUGUGAUCCUUACAGACAUGAGUUCUUAUGCUGAUGCUCUCCGUGAGGUGUCCGCUGCUCGAGAAGAAGUACCUGGAAGGCGUGGAUAUCCUGGGUACAUGUAUACUGAUUUGGCCACCAUAUAUGAGCGUGCUGGACGAAUUGAAGGGAGAAAGGGUUCUAUCACACAGAUUCCAAUUCUUACUAUGCCAAAUGAUGAUAUUACACAUCCCACCCCGGAUCUUACUGGAUAUAUCACAGAGGGGCAAAUAUACAUUGACAGGCAACUUUAUAACAGACAGAUAUACCCACCAAUCAAUGUGCUUCCAUCGCUGUCUCGUCUGAUGAAGAGUGCCAUUGGUGAGGGGAUGACACGCAGGGAUCACGCCGAUGUGUCUAACCAGCUUUAUGCAAACUAUGCUAUCGGGAAGGACGUGCAGGCCAUGAAAGCUGUUGUUGGAGAAGAAGCGCUUUCUUCCGAGGAUCUGCUAUACUUGGAGUUCUUGGAUAAAUUUGAAAGGAAAUUCGUCAGCCAAGGAGCGUAUGACACCCGCAACAUCUUUCAGUCACUCGAUUUGGCAUGGACGCUGCUCCGCAUAUUCCCUCGUGAACUUCUCCACCGUAUACCAGCAAAAACUCUCGACCAGUUCUACAGUAGAGAUGCAGGUAACUGAAGGAGGCAAACUGAUGCCCUUCGAUUGUCUCCUCCUCGGUAUCCGCCAGUAGAAGUUGUGUAUCCACGUGGAAGUUCUUUGACUAGUAAAACAAGUGAUAAAACAUGACAUUUUCCGGUUAGCCCCCCCCCCCCUUUUGUGUUAUUUGUUUUUCCUAUAUUCCUAUUUAUUUUUGACUGUGUAGAUUUGGAUUAUUAUAUCUAACACAGACAUACUGCAUUUAGCUGCU